AUGAUGGCUCCAGACAGCUAUGUGCAUGCAGUACUGAAGAGAUCUAUCGGGAUUGAACUGUGCUUGUUCCAGCACCUAAAAGCACCCGUCAAUCAAGUGACUCUCCUGCUGUACGACUCAACCAGGAUGAGGCAGCUGCUUUCCAAGUCUGUGGUGAUCGAUGAUGAUGAUGACGACGAAUAUCCCUGGAGGCAGAAUGCUCACAAGUACUACAUCCAUCUAACCCUCAGCCUUUUCCUCUUUCUCUGGUUCAUUCUUGGGAACUACUGGGUUUUUUCCGUGUACCUGCCAAAUUUCAUCCCACCUUUCCAUCAGCCUCAGGAUUACUGUGACAAAACCCUGUACAUUUUUGCUUUUCUCACAGGUGUCUCUGAUUUAUCCAGGAGUGGCUAUGAGUCUGCUUCCAAGCACUUCAAUCCAGACGAUGUGGAGGUGAACGUGGCUGGAAGAUCCUUUCUGGUCACUGGCGCGAACAGUGGCAUUGGCAAGGCCACAGCCAAAGAAAUAGCGAGGAGAGGUGGCACGGUUCAUCUGGUUUGCCGAAAUAAGGAACGGGCUGAGGUAGCCAAAGGAGAAAUAGUGACAGAAACAGGCAAUCAGAAUAUCUUUUUGCAUAUUGUGGAUAUAUCUAAUCCCAAGGAAAUCUGGAAUUUUGCUGAAAAAUUCAAAAAUGAACAUAAAUUAAAUGUGUUGAUCAACAAUGCAGGAUGUAUGGUGAAUAACAGAGAAUUAACUGAAGAUGGACUUGAAAAAAACUUUGCAACAAACACUUUGGGUACAUACGUUCUGACAACUGCCCUGCUACCCCUCCUGGAAAAAGAAGCUGAUGCCAGAGUGAUAACUGUCUCUUCUGGGGGCAUGCUAGUUCAAAAAUUAAACGUAUCUGACUUGCAGUCGGGAAACGGGACAUUUGAUGGAACUAUGGUGUAUGCACAAAACAAGAGGCAGCAAGUUGUCUUGACAGAACAAUGGGCAAAAGCUCACAGAAACAUCCAUUUCUCUGUUAUGCACCCCGGCUGGGCAGACACUCCAGCUGUGAGAUCGUCGAUGCCAGACUUCUAUCAGAAGAUGAAGAACACCCUGCGCACAGAGGCCCAGGGAGCCGAUACUGUGGUAUGGUUAGCAGUAUCCUCUGAAGCGACAAAGUUACCGAGCGGCUUGUUCUUCCAAGACAGGCAACCUGUCCCUGCACACCUACCCCUGGCAAGCACCCACAGUUCACCGGAGGAUGAGGAGAAGCUAAUGGAGGUGCUGGAAGAGUUCUCCCAGAAGUUUAAAUCCACUUCUCCAGGAACUUAG